AUGACCGACAGUCCCACAUUGGAGUCGACAAAUCGGCUUCUUCACGACUUGGAACGCAAACUCUCCUUCGGCCUGGACUGUCUGGACCAGACGCCCUCGCAUACCUCUCAUGCCUCGUCUGUGGUUCAUGAUACCUCCAAUUCUGGGCUAGCUAGGCAAAGUAUCCAGCUGAGCGUGCUUCUGUAUAUCAAAAGCGGCAACAGUCCCGACUUUGACGCCGAUCUGGUGUUUGCCGAUCGUCAGCAGCGGCACGUAACGAAGUUUGCUAGAGAGUACUCGCCGUCAAUCUCUGUGAAUGGGAUGAGGAACGAAGAGAGCCGAAAUGGGGCAGAAGACAACUUGACCAAUGAGCGUGGCGAAACGGCUUCAGAAGCCUCUCUUGACUCGUUCGACAGCUUAGAUCGCAGUUUGGAGGAUCACGAUGACUAUGAUGUUUACGAUGACUUUGGUGAUGAGGAAGACGACGACAUGCUCCUACCUCCGCUGCCUCCAAGGCUGCCUCCCCGAGAAAUGGAUCCUGACAAGCUCUACGGUCUCUACGACUUCCUGGGACCCGAUCCUCUGCAUUGCACGCUUGCUCGUGACGAGCCUGUGUACUUGGUGAACGACCUGGAUAAUUACUGGUGGCUCAUCAGAAAAUUGACAAAGAAAGAGCGGUUGGAGUUGGGCUUACGUCGCAACGAAGAAAAUCAACUCUGUUCGGAUGACGAGGAUGGCAAGAUAGGCUUUGUUCCCGCCGAAUGUCUAGAAACAUACGAGGAGCGGUUGGCAAGACUCAAUUGUUUCAAAAACGAGGAACUUGAGAAAACCUCCAAGGAUACCCUCCCAUUGCAUGACACAGAAGAGCCAAAGGAGUCUGCUGAAAGCGUAGCUCAGUCAGAAUCCAUCGAUAGCAUACAAAAAUCAGCCACAUCUCUCGCUAGCGAGCAGAAUCUCGACACACCUACAAUAGGAAGAAAGGGGUCCAUUCUCAAGAAAAGCGGCAGCUUGAGGCUGUCGAAUAAAUCAGUUACGUUCGAGAACCUUGGUGCUUUGGUUCUAGAAGGCGAGGUUUCCGACUCAGAGGCGGUGGACUUCGCCGAUCUGUACUAUAAUUUCAGCCGUGAAGACCUAAGGUCUCAGGAACGUAUAGAAGAAGAGGACAGCGAGAAGCACUCAGAGGUGUUAAGUGACUUGUACCCUGCGGAAAUGCCGUUGCAGAUUAAUAAGAGUACGAGAACACCCCGCAAGACUGAUAUACAAGAAAAUUUGAACGGGUUUCACCCACCUCAACCACAUGACACUAGUUCCAUUGGCUCGUUUUCUCCUGACACACCACCCGUCGGGCGGUUUGCCGAGGACUCAAGCAAUCAAACACUUCGACGUUCUCUCAUAAUGGAUCGACUAUCACAGGUGACCAUGGACAUUCAAGAACACAUGACGAGUGAUGAAGAGGACGACAAUACGUUUGACUUCUAUAGUGGGUACGGUGACCAAGAGGGCAACGAAGAUGAAGAAGAUGAUGCAUUUGACCUGGAUUGCACGGGGAAUGAAAACGUGACGCCACUCACGAGUGUGAACUCGCUUAACAAUGUUUCGCUGUCGCCGAAGAAAGGCUCCGUGCCUGCACCAGUGCUGGAGAAGAGGAGUUUUCGUUUGGCGUCUGAAACCGUGAGCCCCAUCAUGGGCAAGCUCGACGAGUUGACAGAAAAGCUCGCCGAACUUGAGCAAAUGUUUUGA